AUGGCGGUGGCCACUGCAUUGAAGAGGUUGGGCGCGGCCAAACUGGCUCGAGAUAUAGAGUUGAGAGAGAGCUCAAUAGUUCAGGAGCAACCACUCCCCUCUGUGGACGGGGCACUGGAGCAAUUCGAGGAGGAUGUGAAGUCACUGAGAAGGUUUGAUCAGGUCGAUCGACAAUGUCAUGUCUUCAUGAAAGGGAUAGGAUCGGACGUACAUAGGAAACCUGAAAAUGACCAUCCCGAAUCUGAAGUUAUCUCCGAGCCUUCUGUGGAAGAUGAUGUUAGUGAGGACCCCACUAAAUGCCAACCAUGUGAUGGGGAGUCGGGGAGGAACGAAGACGUAGGGGUAGCGGUAGAGUCGCCGGUAGUCCAAAGUAGAGUUGAACGCAUGAAGGAGGAUAUGGUCAAACGGAUAGCCGAGCAGAUUGUGAAGGCACAAGCUGCUCGGCAGGAUAAGGAUCAAGACGAUAACGUGCUAAGUGAAUACUUACAGUCGACUCCUGUUGGACGUGCUUCGUGCUAUGGCACGGGGGAGAGUACUGAGGGCGAGAGAGGCAAGCCGCCCUCGGAGGUCAUCCAUUGUGAAUCCUCGAGUCAAAGUCAGCUGGACAUCGGAGGUGGUGUACUGACAGAUUGGCUCGGUAAUGACAGUUCAACAGGAGGGGAAAUGCUGGACACUGAAGAUCUAAUGGAGUAG